UCCAAGGCGCCCCUUCAUGGUCAAAAGCUAGUAGUAUACGUGGGGACGAGCAAGAUUUUGAUAUUCAUUGCUGCAUGAAGCACGGCUACGUUCUCUGAUUGAACCACCUCGCCCAUCCAGGUUUUCUUUUUUAGACAAUCGCUUUCUUCACUCAUUUGGUUCAUUUUUGGAGUCGGUGCGCUGUUCGCACCGACACUUCUUGUUCCAGUCUUUCGUUUUAAAAAUGAGGUCUUCAUCUUCUGAAAGCACAGAAGAUGUAACUCCAAUUACUCCACCACUGAGUCCUGAGCUUCACGUCUCGCCUUUAGACAAACACAUUCGCAAGCGUCGCACUUAUUCACUUCCGCAGUCAUUCGACCUGAGCAAACCAUUAGGUUCAGCUCUGCCCUCUCCUCCAGUAGAUGAUGUUUUUGGGCAGUCAACACCGUUGGGUCAGGCUAGCAGAGCUAUGGGAGCUUUUCCAUUUCCCCAAACGCCGGAUGCAUUACAGUCGAGGAGCUUCCCUUCUCGCCUUUCAGCGUCGGGGUCAUCGCAAGCUGGGCCAAGUCUCUCUAGAGCUGGUUCACAAUCUCAGCGCAAACGCUCCAGGCCCUCUUCGGAUCGCUUUAUCCCUCUGCGUCGAUCUCCGUCGUCUUCAACUAGCUUUCACAUGAAUAAGCCUGUAAAUACAUUAUCAAGCGCAGAAAAGAUACUUCGAAGACGUAGUGCAAGUCCGGACCCUUUCAGCACCACCUUUGUGCCUAGACCAAUCCCCCCAGAGAGGAUUCGGGCCGUGCACCACCCUCCCGCGCUCCUGAACCAAAGGCCCGGCUCACUGACAAGCAGCGGCAUCCUCGGAAUUCGUCGUCAAUCAGCCAGUCUACUGAACAGGCAGGCGAGCCUUGGAGCGGUGUGGAAUGUUGGAGGCCAAACUGCGGCUGUCGCUGGCCCAAUUGCUGGUGUGCCUGAUGGUCGCGGAGGUAUGCUUGGGAGCGGCACAAAUGCACCAAUGUAUAAUUCGGCCUUUUUGCAAGGGGAGACUCCUGACCAGGAUUUGGAAAAGCAUCAAGGUAGGCUAGCAUUAGCCCUAGAUGUUGAUCGGACAAACCGGAUUCUCGGUGUCGGUGACUCUGCGGUCGAGAGGGGAAGCCCUGAGACCCCCUCCAAAGUCCGAUCCGAAAGUGCCCCUUUGAUUGGAAAGAGAAAGAGGGAACAAUUCGUAGAGCCCCGCACAGUCUGGAGGAAUGGCGAGUGGACAAGGGAGGGAUCGCAAGCUUCCAAGAGACCUAUUAAGCCAACCCGAAAGCCAGUUCCGCUUUCUCCAUUCAGAGUACUGGAUGCACCGGCGCUACGUGAUGAUUAUUACUGUUCCCUGCUCGCCUUUUCGCAUACAGUCAAUUGCCUAGCCGUGGGCCUCGACGCUCGAGUCUAUCUCUGGUCCGAGAAACUCGGAGUUCAGCAUCCUCCAGAUCGAUUGUUCACGAAUAGGCUGGCUUAUGUUGCAUCUCUCUCAUUUUCUUCAACCGAGGGCGGGCACAGCAUCCUUGCAAUUGGCAAGGCUGACGGGCAUGUUCUCCUCUGGAGUCCAUUUGAUAAAGAGGAACGAUUUGAAAUAAAGCAACCCACGCCAAUUUCAUGCUUGGCAUUCAAGCCCAAAGUCACGCGGCGUAUUUCGGCCCGUGAUUCCUCGGUCAUGGUUGAUACUGAAGAGCUCUUAGUUGGGAAUGAAAUUGGCGAUAUUCACUUUUAUAGCGUCGAAUGGACCAAUGCGGUCGAUCGCAGCAUCCAUAAUUGGGAUGGCGCCGUGAUCUUGAUCGCGCGGAUCGCGGUCCACAGCCAGCAGAUCUGCGGGCUCGCAUGGUCCCCAGACGGUGACUUCUUCGCUUCUGGCGCGAAUGACAAUGCUUGCUGCUAUUUCGAGACGAAUCAAAUUACAGGUAGCCAUGUACAUACAGACCUCAUGAGCAUCGAGGACGAGUUCGGUCGUCAGCAGACUACUGGCAGGCAAGUUCUCUCUCGAGUCUUUUGUCGGGGCCGAGAGAAGCGCAGAUGGCUAUUGAAUGCUGCCAUCAAGGCCAUCGCCUUUUGUCCUUGGCAACGCGGACUUAUCGCGAUUGGCGGUGGCUCCAAUGAUCGUGGCGUUCACUUUUACCACACUUUCUCUGGCGCAUGUCUAGCUACAAUCAAUGUCGCGGCUCAAGUGACGUCGCUAAUCUGGUCAACGAAUCGUCGUGAGAUUGCGGUUACGUUUGGCUACGCGCAGCCGGAACACCCUUUUCGGAUUGCGGUGUUCUCCUGGCCGGACUGCCAGCAGGUCCUCGCUAUUCCGUGGCUGGGCGAAAUGCGAGCAUUGUACGCGAUUCCCUACCCAGGCGGGCCCGAGGAAACUCGGCCGGGUGAGAGUGGUAGUGGUCACGAAGAGGACGACCGGCAAUGGUGGACACGGACCAAUGAGGAAGGAUGCAUUGUGGUGGCCUCUAGCGACGAAAGUGUCAAAUUCCACGAGGUGUGGAGCGGCACCAAGCGAAUGACGGGCGGCAAUAAUAAAGGUCUUCUAGGCGGAAGUGAUAUCCUCGAGAGUUUGCAUGGGAUUGACAAGGAAGGGCCCGAAACGAUUCGAUAGGAGAGCACGGGAUGUGCUCAAGAGGCCAGCCGAUUCGACCUGAGAAAGACACACGUGAGAGCCGUAAUAUGACCCGUGCGGCCCCUUCAGCAGUUCAUGAGCACGAGGCAGAUGACAAGACAAGGCUCUUCUUCCUGUAAGUCACUCGGAGCCAAGAAGGAAAUUGGUAAAUUUGUUUUAGUUUGAGCCCCAGUCUUUUUGGAACAGAAGUUUCUUGGACCAAUGCACCAGCCGAUCCAAGAGAACUUCAAAGGUAUAGGCUCAGACCGAGUGGAGGAUUAGAAUUGUGGACGUGACGAUUGGACUACAGCUAGUUAUGAUUGGAUAUUAUUAUCCCGAAUGAUGUGCACAUGCAGUGACAUACAGCGCAAACAUAGCUGUAUUGGGGUUGACGUCGGCCGAGUGAGUAUCUAAUCCGAACCGGCCUUCCCCGCCUUAGCCCCUUCUCUGUUGUUAAUAUGUGGGGCUUUUCCG